UAUCUAAAGACCAUUCACCCGAGAGAAACACAGAAAAAACAAUUACAGAGAAAAAUGGAAGGAGAUAGGAGAGUGGGUGUGGCGGUUGAUUUCUCGCCCUGCAGCAAGAAAGCUCUAAAAUGGGCGGUGGAUAACCUUAUCCGCAACGGGGAUCACCUUAUCCUCCUUACUAUACGCCCCGAAGGGAACUAUGAGACGGGAGAGAUGCAACUCUGGGCAGUCACCGGUUCCCCUUUAAUCCCUCUACAUGAAUUCUCCGAUUCCACGAUCAUGAAGAAGUAUGGAGUGAAUCCUGAUCCAGAAACCCUGGACAUUGCGAACACUGCUGCCAACCAGAAACAGAUUGUCGUGGUUAUGAAGAUCUUCUGGGGUGAUCCUCGCGAGAAGAUAUGUGAAGCUAUUGAUAAGAUCCCUUUGAGCUGCCUUGUUAUAGGAAACAGAGGCCUUGGCAAGAUUAAGAGGGUUAUAAUGGGCAGUGUAAGCAACUAUGUGGUAAAUAACGGAACCUGCCCUGUUACAGUUGUGAAGCAGACCGACCAUGAAAUCUAGCUCCUCUUACUCCGUGAGGAAUAAGGAAUGCAGCUAUAUCUUUUUUGCUGAAAAGAAUCCUGUUUUCCAUGUCAUAUAGGAAGCUGUCCUUACAUAAUAAUUGUAUUGCUUGCAGCGGCCCUGUCAAAUUGGACAAGUUUAUUAGUGUGUGGAUGUUGAUGGAGUUUAUAACGUGUAUGAGUGAGUACUUGCAAUGUAAUCCGUCUCUUUUGGGUAAUGAGAUUAACUGUUCUACCUGUA